GGCUCUGUCUCUGCUCCGUCCACUACUAGAACCUUCCCCCACUCUCUCCAAAUUUAGGGUUUCUCCAGGGUUUAUCACACACCAAAACCCCCUCAGACCCAAAAAAAAAAAGAUAAAAAAAAAAAAAAAAGCAAAAUCCCAAUUUCACUAAAGACUCAACCUCUCUGUUCGAUUGAUUGAUCGAUAGAGCUUCCCCCCAAAUGGGUGGCUCCAAUGGCGUCAGGCUGUUUUACUCUCUCGCUCGCCGCCCCACACCCUCCGUAUACGCCAGAGUGUUUGGAGGUGGUGGUUAUAGGACAUUUAACACUGGGAUUUGCAACAAUCCCAGGGUUUUAGGAAAUCCUUCUUCUACUACUACUACUAUUACCAGUAAUGUUUACAGAAGGUUUCCGGGAGCUCUGAGUACCAAUUGGACUACAGUGAGAUCAAUUCAUGGAACUGCAUCUAUGGCUGCGAGAGAUUACUAUGAGACACUUGGGGUUAGCAGGAACGCAAGUGCAUCAGAAAUAAAGAAAGCUUAUUAUGGGCUAGCAAAGAAGCUCCAUCCAGACACAAACAAAGAAGAUCCCGAUGCAGAAAGGAAGUUUCAAGAAGUUUCAAAGGCGUAUGAGGUAUUGAAAGAUGACGAGAAGCGUCAACAAUAUGAUGAGGUUGGCCAUGCUGCAUUUGAAGAACAAGGCUCGGGCUUUCCCAAUGAUUUCAGGAAUCCGUUUAAAGACAUAUUUGAUGAUAAUAUCUUCAACAUGUUCCGUCAGAAUUUUGGUGGUCAAGAUAUCAAGGUUGCUUUGGAACUAUCCUUCAUGGAAGCUGUUCAGGGAUGUGCCAAAACUGUGACAUUUCAGGCUGCAGUGCCCUGUGAAGCAUGCGGUGGAAGUGGUGUUCCCCCUGGCACCAGACCAGAAUCAUGUAAGCGCUGUAAAGGGUCUGGCAUGACUUUCAUGCAAACUGGUCCAUUUAGGAUGCAGACAACAUGUUCUCAAUGUGGUGGGACUGGUAAAAAUUACACGAGACUUUGCGACUCAUGUAAUGGAAAACGGGUCAAAUUUGGAAUGAAGUCAGUCAAGUUAGAUAUCAUGCCAGGAGUAGACAAUAAUGAAACUAUACGGGUAUUUGGUAGCGGUGGAGCUGAUCCCGAUGGAAAUCAGCCUGGUGAUCUUUAUGUUACCAUUAAGGUUAGGGAAGACCCAGUUUUCCGUAGGGAUGGUGCCGAUAUUCAUGUAGAUGCUGUCCUGAGUAUCACUCAGGCAAUUUUGGGAGGAACUAUCCAGGUCCCAACUCUUACAGGGGAUGUUGUACUAAAGGUCCGUGCAGGUACGCAACCUGGACAGAAGGUAGUCUUAAAGAAGAAAGGAAUCAAGACAAGGAGCUCUUAUUCCUUUGGCGAUCAAUAUGUGCACUUUAAUGUCAGCAUCCCAACGAAUCUGACUCAAAGACAACGUGAAUUAAUCGAAGAGUUUUCCAAAGAGGAACAAGGGGAAUACGGUAAGCGUGAGGCUGCAGGAGCAUCUUGAUAUAAUGGUGUUGCAAAGUCCUCUAUGUUUGCUAAUAUAUCACACAUUGGAGUGUCGUGCUUAGCUAGAAGAGCAGAGGAAUGAGAGGGAAAAAAAGACCAACCAAUUGUCGAAGAGUUGUUUUAGGUUCCAGUUAGCAGUUCUAUUUGUAAGGUUAUGUAAUUUUCUUCUCCUGCAAGUCAUAAAUGGUACUUCCGAUUUAGACGAGGAGACCUGUGAUGAUGGUGCAGUAUUUUUGCGGCAGUGUACAUAUCAUUUGAAUUGAAAUCUCACAACUAUAAUGGACUAGAUCAUGUCCCUAUUAUUUUUGUUUGCACCAAAUGUAUUGAAUAAUAAUCUAUAUUGUCCUAAGCAAGGACUCAAAAUAUUCUCGAUUUCCUCAA